UGGCAGCUUUGUCGACGAGUGCAGUCUUUGAGUGGUUUAGUGCGUGUAUUUGAUUUAAAAUAAUUCGUAUUUUUACACUAUUUUGCUUAAAAUAAUAUAUAUUUGUGUAUUUCCAAGAACGGUUAGCGUUGCCAGAUACAUUUUAAGUUUGGCGUGAAAUUUUCAACUGGUAGGGGCAGCUGUUUAUGAGUCUUCAUCGAGACGCAGCUGAAAACAAAAAAACUAUUAGUUUAAAUUCAUAAUAUGAAACGUAGUGCUUCAGGAGAUUCUCCGACUAGAGGAAAUCAUUUAGGACGACCAUCACACGGUAGAACAAUCAUGGGUCGUGGUUAUGACAAUGGCAGCGGUGUGCCGGGCGAUUCGCCCGAACGCAUGUCUCCAGAUCGCAUGCGACGUCGUAUUGGAAGGUCGCCAAGUCCACGUCCACGGUAUGGUGUUUCACCCCAUAGAGAGGAGUAUUUGCGUGGUCCACCACCAGUGGCGGAUAGGCCAACUUAUAAAGUGCUAUGUGUUAGUGCUUUACAUCCGAAAGCUUCAGAUGAUUUCAUCAAGGAAACGUUGUAUCGUGAAUACAAGAAAUUUGGUGACUUCAGCAUCCGUAUUUCGCAUGAUUUGGACGAACGUGUAGCUUACGUUUGUUUUCGCACUUCGGAGGAUGCACGCGAAGCAAAACAUCACAAGCCGCGCAUUGUGUUGUACGAUAAAAUGGCACUAGUGGAACCAGUUUACGAGUCAUCUUCACAUAAUGAAUAUAGGCCUCGUCGUUCGAUUACUCCGCCUGAGUACGAUCGUUAUCAUUAUCCACGUUCCCCAAUGGGCCCAGCAGGACCAAUAGAACAUCGUAGGCCACCACUUGAUCCCUAUGAUCGUUAUGGCCCACCUAUGCAUCCGCAUGGCCGUUCACGAGAGUAUCGCGGUCCUAUACACCAUGAAUAUCCACUUCCUCCACGUGGCCCACCAAUGCAUCGUGUGCCACCACAUUUACAUGGCCCACCGCCGCCACAUCAAUAUGCGCCUAUGCGUCACAUGGGACCGCGUCCUCAUACUCCUUAUGAGAAACCCGAAAGCAAGAAGGAUAAGUUCCCCAAUUACUUGCAUCAUGUUCAACCAGAAGACGAUCCGCUCGCGACUCGUACUUUAUUUGCUGGCAAUUUGGAAGUGAAUAUUUCAGACGAAGAGUUGCGUCGCAUUUUUGGCAAAUAUGGUAUCGUGGAUGAUAUUGAUAUAAAACGACCACCGCCAGGAACUGGCAAUGCCUUUGCUUUUGUGCGCUAUCAAAAUUUAGACAUGGCUCAUCGUGCCAAAAUCGAGCUUUCCGGUCAAUAUAUUGGAAAGUUUCAGUGUAAAAUUGGUUACGGUAAAGUGACGCCUGCUACUCGUAUAUGGAUAGGCGGUCUUGGAGCUUGGACUUCGGUAACGCAAUUGGAAAGAGAAUUUGAUCGGUUCGGUGCGAUAAAGAAAAUAGAAUAUCAAAAAGGCGAUACUUGCGCAUAUAUUCAAUAUGAAACCAUUGAGGCAGCUUCUGCAGCAGUGAAGGAAAUGCGCGGUUUUCCUUUGGGCGGCCCAGAGCGUCGUUUGCGUUCAGACUUCGCAGAGUUGCCAGGAACUGCACCGGCUGCGCCUUUCAAAACCAAGUCGAGCUAUGAUGAUCCACAUGAAUAUAGGCGUCCUGAGUAUGAUUAUCAUUAUGAAGAAACCCCACACUACGCACCACGUGGUGGUUAUUCUCCAUAUCAACCAAGAGGUGGUUACAGAGGACGUGGUGGCUAUCGUGGGCGCGGACGCGGUUCCUAUCAUGUCUAUCAUAAUGACGUACAUCGUCCAUCACAUGGCAGUUCCGUAUCAUCAAUGCCACCACCAGCUGGAGCCGAAGAUGAAUGGCGUCGUCCGCCAGGCGAUACGUACGAAAGAGCACGUUCUGGUUCACGUGAACCAGGUGCAGAUCGUUCGCGUUCUCGCUCACCGCAUAAACGUGCGCAUUCACCUGAGUCGGACUCAGAUUCUUCUUCGCGUCGUAACGGUGCUUUGAGCACUGCACGAACUUUGCCCGAUAUUGCACGUAAGUGCACUGUUAUAUGGCAGGGAGCACUCAUUUUGAAAAGCUCACUAUUCCCGGCUAAGUUCCAUUUGACCGAUGGUGAUGCUGAUAUUGUCGACUCGUUGAUGCGCGACGAAGAAGGAAAGCACAAUUUACGCAUCACACAGCGUUUGCGGCUAGAUCCGCCCAAGUUGGAAGAUGUACAAAAACGCAUUAGCUCAUCAUCAUCACAUGCUAUAUUUUUGGGAUUGGCUUCAUCUGCUGCGACCACAUUAGAGGACAGCAGCGUACAAACACGCCCUUUGCGGAAUUUAGUGUCAUACUUGAAGCAAAAGGAAGCCGCUGGAGUUAUCUCGCUUUUGAAUAAAGAUACCGAAGCGACAGGUGUGCUAUACGCUUUUCCACCAUGCGAUUUCUCUACUGAACUUUUGAAGCGCACAUGCCAAAGUGUGAGUGAUGAAGGUCUCAAGGAAGAUCAUCUUGUGGUAGUUGUUGUAAGAGGUGGCACCGCUUAAAGGUGUACACCAUUGGAGGAAACUGCAAUUUUUUUUUUCAUACAUCGCUUUUAGUGCGCGUAUGCCGCGUUCGAAUUGACAUCAUUUAACUUGUUUGAAAAAAAUCCGGCACAGAGUGGUAUCAGCAAGAUUCCUGCAAACUUAUGAAAUCUAGCUAAGCUAUUUCUGAAACUAAAAUUAGCACCAACAAUUGAAUUGUAAAAAAUCUUUUUCCUAAGGAGGCCAUUAGAGGGGAAUUCAAAAAGUGAAAAUGUUUAAUGAAAGCUUAAAGAGAACUCGCUAUUCAGUUGUGAAAAACUAUAUUUACAACCUGUGCGGCCAAAAAUGAAUGUCCUCAUACGUAAACAAACAGUUCUUGAAACUUAAAAAUACUUAAAACUGCGGUCUGAACGGCUUGGUUAAAAAAAAAACAGCUCUCAUUAAAUUAAUCUUGUUAAAUGAUGCCAAUUUGAACGUUCUAUAAGGUAACGAAAAAGGAAGUUAUUUCCGUCGCGUCGGUAGUGAAAUUAUUACUUAUACCGAGAUAUUAGGAUUUAAGACUCAACACUUCAUUCAACACAAUAUUCAGUAAAUAUAAGGUAGAUUAAAUAGCGUUCUAAACACACAUACAUUUAAUGGAGGAUGAGUAAAAUAUUAGGACUUCACUGAAAAUUGUAACAGAGUUUUGGUUAAAAGCUGUGAGCGAAAAAUCAUUUCUUAGAAAAUUAAUAAGUCGUUUUUAAACAUUAAAAUUUCAGAGCAUUACUUAUAAAACAAAACAUUGAAAUUCCAUCUGUUAGUGAUUGUGGCUUAAUAUUUUACUCACUGGGUAUUAAUUAACUUUUUUAUUCUAUUUGCAUACAUAUUACUCUUCGGCUUACAUAUCGUUACUGGAAGGUAGAAAGUGCGUAUUUGAGAUAUUUAUAUAUUUCAAAACUUAACAAGUUUUUGAAAUACCUAAAGAACAAAAAUGUUAGAUACUUUCUGCGUAUCAGUACCUCUAUGUAAGUUGUACAUAACAUUCUACUAAUCAGCUAUAUUUACUGUGCGUGCAACCUAAUAAAGCACGAAAUUUUGCCCCUCAUUAAUAUCAGUCAUAAAGCCACUACUACUACAUAGUUAUAGUAUUUUUAAUGUAUGCACCUGAAACAAGGUUUUUUAAAUACAUUUCUUUUUAAUGUUUUGAGUUCAAAAAGUGAAAAAAGUUGCUGUGCCAAUUUUGUGAAGUUUAGUUAAUUCGAUUUAAUUCUACAAUCAUUUCUCCCAACAAUAAUAAUAAUUUCCAAAUCUCGUAUCAUGGCCUACCAGACUGGUGUGUAAAAUUCGAACAAAGAGAAAUUUGUAUAAAAAUAAUAAAAUUGAAUUGUGGUACAUAUGUAUAUACUAUAUGAAAGUAAAACGAUUCUUGUCCAAUUUUGUACGCGUGGUGAAAAUACAAUGAGGCCUGGCUUAACAGUUCGAAGUGGGUGAUGCAGUGUAGCGUUGUGGCAAUUUUCCGGUGGUGACCUUUAUGCUUCAGGAAGUGUACAUUAGCAAAAUUGGUGACUGAGCAAAUUAUUUGUGUUAAGUUUUUUUUUUAAGUUGAGUUUGUGUUUUUUACAUUUUAAAUGUAUCAAAAAUACUUACCAUGCAUGGCCACUUGUAUAAUUUUAUUAGAAAUUACUUUUGUUAUUGCCAAGCGCAAAGAAUCCAGUUGGAAGAGAGUGAAGU